UAGUUUACUAUGAGGAAUUAAAACAACGCUCUGUAGGAUUUUAUAAAAUAAGUGACGCGGCAACUUUAAUAAAAUCUUUUUCAAACUAUCAAUUCAGAAAAAAACGGUAUACCCAUACCAAUUGGGACCAUGCUUUACUCUUAACUGGCACAGAUUUGAACCUGAACAACAAAACUCCUGAUAAAGAAAUUACUGGUUAUGGCUGGCUUAGUGGCAUGUGCACCAAUUCGGGUUCUGUGAGUUUAAUAGAAGGAUGGAGAGGUUUCGCUUCUGUCAUGUACGCCGCUCAUGAAAUAGGACACAGUUUAGGUUUGAAACACGAUGGAGAAGGGAAUCAUUGCUAUGGUCAACAUAGCAUAAUGGCUAAUUCUUAUUCUCCCGCUAUCAAGCCCAUAUGGUCAACUUGUAGUCUACAUUCGUUUAACAAUAUUCUAGGACAACAUCUUUGUCUCUAUAAAACGUCUCCUAAUAGAGAUAUUCUAUCCUUGCCAGCUGUCAACGACAGCAAUAAGCUAUACAUGCUACCUGGACUACUAUUCAACAUAAGUCAACAAUGCAUAGAAUCCUUAGGCCUCAAUUCUGAACCUUAUACAAAUCAUAGCGAUGCCUGCAAAUACCUAUAUUGCACUUAUCCGCAAAAAUCUCUCAAUUUAUUUAUAUCUCCAGCUUUAGAAGGAUCUAUUUGUGGAGAAAACAAAGCAUGCAAAAUGGGCAAAUGUGUCAAACUGUAAAUUAUCAGAUACCAGAGCUGAAAGUGCAAUAAAUAAUUCAUAUUAUAAAGACACCUAUUUAAAUCUUUUAUUUGAAAAAAUAAUAAGUGUAUUAUAAAAUAUUUAU